AAUGUAAAAUAUAUUGAUGACAAACAUGUUGAAAGGAAAUUAACAAGAUGACAUCAGUAAAAGUUGCUGUUAGAGUUCGCCCAAUAAACCAAAGGGAACAUGAUCUCGACAGCAAAUUCAUCAUCCAAAUGGAUGGGAGGAAAACCACCAUCACUAAUCUUAAGAUCCCAGAACACUUACAGGAGGGUGACUCUGGUAGAGAGCUCAUGAGACACAAGGAAUUUACUUUUGACUUUUCCUUUUGGUCCGUCCUUCGAACCGAUCCACAUUUUGCUUCACAGGAACAGGUGUUCAAAUGCCUUGGCGUUGAUGUUGUAACCUCUGCUUAUGAUGGUUACAAUGCUUGCGUGUUUGCCUAUGGACAGACUGGCUCUGGAAAAAGCUAUACAAUGAUGGGAAAUCCCGGAGACCAGGGAUUAAUUCCUAGGAUUUGUGAGAAUCUGUUUUCAAAAAUGACAGAUGAAGAUACGAAUUACAGAACAGAGGUCAGUUACCUUGAAAUCUACAAUGAGAAAGUGAGAGACCUGUUAAAGCAGCAGUCCCCAAAUAAAGCAAUGCACAACCUUAGAGUACGAGAGCACCCAAUAGAAGGACCAUAUGUUCAAGAUUUGUCCAAGCAUGUGGUCAGUGACUUCUCUGAUAUAAAGGACUUAAUGGACAGGGGAAAUUCUAUAAGGACAACAGCCUCUACCAACAUGAAUGAUGUUAGCAGUCGAUCACAUGCUAUCUUUACCAUCGUCUUCACUCAGGCCAAGUUUAGUGAUGACAUGCCCUGCGAGAUGAGCAGUAAGAUACACUUGGUGGAUCUGGCUGGCAGUGAGAGAGCAGAUGCAUCAGGGGCGACAGGCCAGAGACUGAAGGAAGGAGCGAGCAUCAACAAGUCUCUAGUAACGCUGGGAUCUGUUAUCUCAGUAUUAGCUGACAUCUCAACACACAAGCAUGAGAAGAAAACCUUCAUCCCUUACAGGGACUCUGUUCUUACAUGGCUCUUAAAGGACAGUUUGGGAGGUAACUCCAGAACUAUCAUGAUCGCAACAAUAUCACCAGCAGAUGUCAAUUAUGCCGAGACUUUAAGCACAUUAAGAUACGCCAACAGAGCAAAGAACAUUAUUAACAGACCCACAGUGAAUGAAGAUCCCAAUGUUCGUCUUAUCAGGGAGCUGAGGGAAGAGAUAGCCAGACUGAAGGCUAUGAUGGGCGGAAAUAUUGAUAGCAUUUCCACUCCUAAAGUGCAAGAAAAAUUACAUGAGAAUGAGGCUCGGGUCAAAGUCUUAACAGAGGAAUGGGCAGGAAAAUGGAAUGAAGCAGCCAAAAUACUCAAGGAUCAGAAUGUAGCAGUUAGAAGAGAGGGGAUGGGUGUAGUCCUGGACUCUAAAUUGCCUCACCUGAUUGGAAUAGAUGAUGAUAUACUUAGCACAGGGAUCAUGUUGUACCAUCUGAAAGAGGGUAGAACUUCAGUAGGAAGAGGGGACGCUGAGGAUUCCCAAGAUAUAGUGAUAGCUGGGGUGGAUGUGGAGAGAUAUCACUGCUGGAUUGAGAACACUGAUGGGGAGGUAACUCUCUAUCCUGUGGAUGAUGCUCUCUGUGCUGUUAAUGGGAAUGUGAUUAAUGAACCCACAAAAUUAACACAAGGUGCUGUGAUUUUACUGGGAAAAACAAACAUGUUCCGAUACAACAACCCUGCAGAGGCUGAAAAACUCAAAUCAGAGCUGAAAAAUUGUGGUUUAAGCCUUUCCAGGACUUCUCUGUUGAGUAAAUCUAUGUCUGAUUUAUACAGAUCCACAGAAAACCUAUCUCUCAUGUCUGUUGGAUUUGAACUUGAACAAGCCCGUAAUGAAGAUCUGCAGAAAAUAGAGGAGAAAAGGUUACAGAUUAAUUUACUGGAGAAAAAGUACAGUAAGGCUGAGGAAGAACGCCAGUCCAAACAAUCGCAGCUAGAGAGAGAUCUGGAAGAGAAGCAGUAUGAGUUACAGCGACUAGAAAUCAGCCUUCAGAAGAAAAAGCAACAACUACUGGAUAGUCAAAAACACAAAACUGUCCAUAUUGAUGAAAUGCUGAAGGAAUUGGAUGAGAAGGAGAAAAAGCUGAGAGAAGAAGCUCAGGAAUCUAUUAAAAAGCUUAAAAAGGAGAUAAAGGUGUUACAGGAGUCGGGCAGACAAAAGACAGCUUCUCAACAAGAACAGAUAGAUCAGCUGGUGUGUGAAGAGUCUGCUGUAGAAGAGGAAUUCCAGACAGCCUCCCAGGAUUUACAGACACAAAUCACAGCACAACAAAACUCGUUGUCAAAGAGUGAAAAACUGGCAGAAGAAAAUCAGGCUGAAUUAUCCAGAGUACAAGAGGAAUUUAACUCAAAGAGGGAUACAAUGUUAGAGCAAAAUGGUGAAUUGAAAAACCUUUAUCAAAAGGAGCAUGAAUCAUAUUUGGAAGCAAAUAAACAAUUCAGGAAAGAAGAAGAAGAGAUGAAAUCUAGGUGGCAGCGCCCUCUGGAAGAUAUAGCAGGAUCCAAUCAAACAAUAGAGGAGGCGUGGCAUGAUCUCAGGGAGCAUGAGGAGGAGUUGAGGAAGAAAUUGAAUCAGUGCCAAGAUAAUGAGGAACGAGACCAAUUGUUGGUUGAACAAGAUGAACUGGAGAAAGCUAGGGAACUGCUUAAGGAGGAGGAAGAAAUAACCUCACACAAAGAAAAGUUGCUUUUGGACCAAAUUGAAAGAGAAAUGGAGAAAUUUGAGGAGAAUAAAGACCAGGUGCUGGGUGAAUUAGCCUUGAAAAGGGAUAAUAUAGUUGUGUCAAAGGAUGAAAAUCUGUGCCAUUUACACUCAGCUUUGAAAGAAAGAGAAAAAAUUAAACACAAAUUAAAAAGGGAGAUUUCACAUUCAGAACAUGAGGUCGAGAAACUGAAAACUAGCUUAAAAAGCUUAUGUGAGGAUAAGGAUAUCAGAGGAGAUGAAAUUAAGCAAAGAAAAAGGUCGCUGCAGGAGAAUAUGGCUUCAGGCCAAAAAAGUCAAGAACUAGCUGUGAUGGAUCUUAAAGCAAAGGUUGUUAAGGUGGAGGAAAAUCUCCAGGAAGAACUCUGUCAUCUCAAGUCUGAGAGGGAGAGAUUACUUAAACAAAAAUCUUCUGAAGUAAACAUAACUGAUACUGAAGAUCCAACUCUACAGUGUCAACUCAAAGAGGUGGAAGAUCUGAAAGCUAAGCUGGAACUGACAGAACAAGAGCUGGAAGAGAGAUGGAAGAUGUUUGAUGAGCAGAGAAAUGCUGAGCUUGAUAAGAUAGAGUUUGAACGACUCAAACUUCAGGAACUAGAGCAUCAAGAAAGAAUCAAUGCUUUGGUGGAGCAGGAAGUUAAAAGACGGCUGUUUGAAGAGAAAAAACAGAGAGAAAACUUACGGAAACAGGAGCGAGAAAAGGAGAGACAAGAAAGAGACUUAGAAAUCCAGAAAUUGAAGGAACAGCACAGCAGAGAAAUCAAACAGCUUAAGGCUAAGUUUGAGGCUGACCAAGAAAUGUCAAGACAUUCCUCCAUGACCUCUCUGCAUACUCGCUCUAAUCCUUAUGGUUCUGGAAUGUCUCCUUCCAAUGGAUCCUCUACAGACCAACUCUCCAGGGCCAGGAGUUCCAGCUCUGUGACUGGGACAGGAUCUUACUCUGGCAGCUUUUUAGAAUCAUUUCGGAUCAGAAUUAGCAUUCCAACCUACCGUCUACAUGGAUAUGGAUCAGAUACUCAUUAUGAGUAUGAAGUAAAGAUUGCAGUAGAUGAGGAUGUUUGGAGUAUAUAUAGGAGAUACAGUAGAUUUCGACAACUCCAUCAGGAUAUGAAAAAGAAAUUUCCCGAGGUUUCACAAUUGGCCUUUCCACCAAGAAAGAUACUGUUUAGUCGAUCUGAUAAAGUUGUAGCAGAGAGGAGAAAACUGCUAGAGCUAUACUUGAGGGGCCUAAUCUCUAUUUUCCUGAAGACUCCAAGCUGUCCACUUCACUCUUCUCUGUGUAAACAACCUACCAAGCAGGACCUGUGUGAAUAUGAACCCUUCUUUAAGCGAGGCUUGUUUGAGACUGGCAAACACAGUACAACAUGAGCAUCACAGAAAAAUUCCAAAAGUACAAGAAGGGAUGUAGGCUACAAACAAUUGAUCAGAAGUCUUGAAAUCUCCACUGGAAAAGUGAAAUCUAAAAUGUUGCAUGGUACAAAUGUAGUUUUGUAUAACCAGGUAUGUAAUAAGCAUUGCAAUCGAUUUAGUUUACACUAUAUUUUUUGUACCCAUGCAAAGUUAUGGUAUCAAAACAAAUGUUUCAAUUUAUGCAAGUAUAUUGUACAUAUUUUAAUACAGUGUACUUGUAUUUUAUAUGUACCUUUCAAGUGUAUUUUGCU